AUGAGUGAUUUGUGGGUCAAACACUGCGGGAUUAGUCACACGGGCAGCUUCAAGGACCUGGGCAUGAACGUCUUGGUCAGCCAGGUCAAUAGGCUGCGUAAAAUGAACCGCCCGUUUGUCGGCGUGGGCUGUGCCUCCACGGGUGACACGUCUGCCGCCCUAUCCGCGUGCUGUGCUUCCGCUAGAAUCCCAUCCAUCAUUUUCCUGCCAGCAAAUAGGAUCUCAAUUGCCCAGCUUUUGAUUCGUGAGGUCACGGUUGAGCUGCAUAUUUACCUGGCCAAUUCAUUGACCAGCUUGAGGCUCGAGGGCCAGAAAACCGCCCCCAUUGAAAUUCUGCAGCAGUUUGACUGGCAGGUGCCUGACUGGGUGAUUGUCCCCGGUGGAAACCUUGGAAACAUAUAUGCCUUCUACAAAGGCUUCCGUAUGUGCAAGGAACUCGUGCUCGUGCAUAGGAUUCCAAGGCUCGUGUGUGCUCAGGCCGCGAAUGCUAAUCCUCUUUACUUGCAUUACAAAUCUGGUUGGAAGGACUUUAAGGCCGUGAAGGCUGAACCAACAUUUGCAUAG